AUGGGCACUUGUCUCAAUUGCGGUGAGAAGGGUCACAUGGCAAGCAGCUGUCCGAAGAAGGGGAGCGACACACGAGUGUGCUACCAAUGUGGAAAACCGGGUCACAUUCAGCCAGAUUGUCCGCAGUUGGGAACGCAAGGGCAGAAACGGGCCAGCGAGGUGCUGCCGUUGCCACCACCGCUGAAACGGCCGGCGAUUACGCCUAGGGUGUAUUCGAUUGCGUACGGGCAGGUGGAAGCAAGCACUUCACAGCAGAUCACUGAUAUGAUUGGUAAAGGUGGUUUCCGGAAGGAACCCGGAGAUCAUUUUGGUUUAGUACAAGCAGCGGGCGGUCAUGUGAUGUUUACGUAUGGAGUGGUACGUAACAUCUCAGUCAUGGUAUGCGGCAUGGAUUUACCGGCAGACUUAGUCAAAUGUCGAGUAAAGGCACACGACGUGAUAUUGGGUAUGGAUUGGCUAAGUAAACACCGAGCUCACUUGGACUGCUACCGCGGGCGAGUAUUGUUUGAAACUGCGAAGGAAAUGGUAGUAUAUCAGGGCAUCAGGCCAUUGCCGGGGAACUUGUUAGUCUCACCGACGCAGGCCGAGCAGUUAAUCAGUAAUGGGUACGAAGCUUACUUGGCUUCGAUCAUGAUAGAGGAAGUAGGCACGGGUGCAGAAUUAUCAGAGAUACUAGUGGUAUGGGAGUUUGAAAGCGUGUUCGGACCUUUGUCCGAGUUACCACCAUCAUGGUCAGAUCCGUUCACUAUCGAGUUGGAACCUGGUACGGCUCCGAUAUCGAAAGCUCCGUAA